CGCGGUCGUGAAUGGUUGCGUUUUUUCUUCGCGUCCCAACGCUGUUCCAACAGAGUAGACAGUAGGCUCAGGUGCGCUUAAGUGAGCUCAACGGCCAAAGCGCAAACGAACUCGCGCUCGGAAGGGAAUCACGCUAUCGGUCGCCGCAAUCGGAGUCGCCGUUCGUUUAAGUCUCGAGAGAAAGAGCUUUUUUUCUGUGCGGUUGCAUUUGCUGCCACACACCGGUGCGACUACGACAACGACGACGACGACGGUGAAGAGCUCUUGGUUUUUGUGUAUGAAUUCGAAAAAUUCCAAUCGAAAACUCGUUUUGCCUUUUCUUUUGCUGUGUUUAUAAGAGAAGUGCGCGGCAGAAAAGAAGGGAAAAAUUACCCGCGUCUAGUGAGUGAGUGCGCGACUUACCAGCUUUUCGCUGUGUUAGUUGAUUAUGAUUAAUAGUUGUAACUCAGUCUCUUGAAGGAAUUAAAGGUUUCGUACCUUUUCAUCGUGCGGCUAAUCGAAGCUACUCGUGCGUGGCUCGUUUCAUCGUUCCGUCAAUGGGGGUCUGUUGUGGUGCUUCGCACCGAGAAGCGAUUUAAACUGGAGGAAAUUCCUAAACCGUCUUCGCAAUGGCAGUUUGUACUACGUAAUGUGCUAGCAAACGGAAUAGUUUGAAACCUUCGCAGAAACAGUUUUAUGGUAAUGAUCAUUGACGCAAAAGACGACGGAAUAAGUGCCAUUAUGUGAAUAAUUACCCGGCGAGUGAGAAGAGCAACAGUUUACAGCGACCGAGCAGCAGGAGCCGGAGACCAGUGACCGAAGUUAACAAGGUGGGCGCCUUAAUGGGACAUUGUUUGUCCAUCGAGUUGCCGAGUUGUGAGUGAGAAGAAAAGUGUGAAAAUGAGUGCAAAUGAGGCGGCGGUGGCAGUGGCGAAGCCAAACCAAGGCAAUCAAAUGCAAGCCGGCAGACAGUGGUGGAAGGUUUGCUUUCUUUACGGCAAUCAGGAGAAAUAUUAUCGACAAAUCUAUGCAAAAGCUGCUUCGGAGCGGUUGGCACAUGCCACACAACAAAGUAACGGCAAUGGGUCUUCAGGGGGGAAGGCAGCAAUCAUCUUUCCCACAAAACAGCACAGACCAAUUCUGAUCAACGGUAAUCGGGGCAGUCAGCGGAAGGAUGCCGAUACCGACCGUCCGGCGGCCAAGAAGCGGGUAACCGUUCUGGAUGACUCUUUUCUGCUGGGGGUCAGCGAAGAUGAACAAAGGUCAGACAGUGGAAUUAACAUUGACGCCGCAACCAGCCAGCCGGACGAUUUGAACGCGAAUCACCCAUUCCAGUCGCAACAGCAGCAGCAGCCAAAUCGUGGAAUGAGACGAAAUUUCCAUCUUAGCAAUGAAGAGCUAAGGCUUUUGAACUCUGACAAACCUCUUCCCGGCGGGGGACAUCUCGUAGAACCCGCGGUAACGCCCCCGGGGCUUACCAAUUCGUCUCCCAUUGUGAGUGCCUGUGGGAGUCCAGCGCAAAUUGCCCCCAAUUCAUCAUCGUCAUCGUCGCCACAACCGCCACCGAUGGGUUUGUCCAGACCGGCGAGCGGAGUUGCGGGAGAACGAAGUGGCAGCCAUGUGGGCAGUCCGAGUCCCCCGAGCAGCACCGUCAGCCCGCUGAGUCUAUCACCAUGUCCGGACCUUCUCGGACGCUCCGGGAGCAACAAGAUCCCCCCACCGCUGGCCGGACCAAUGUCGUACCCGUACCAAAAACCUUCCUUCGAGUACGACGUAGUAAACCGUGUCCCACUGAGUCCACAGGCCGCCUACCACAAAUCGUUACAGCAACAGCAACAGCAUCACCCUCCCUCCAAUGUGGCGGCACUUUCUUCCCCCUCGGUAGGUGACUUCCUGCCUCCACUGCAGCCUCACCCGCCUCAACCGCAUCUACUUCAUCUUCAGCAGCAGCAGCAGCAACCGCAGGAUGCCGGUGGAGGGUCACGCGCAAUUUACAGUGCCCACGCCCUGUCCAGUCAAACUAUGCAUGCACCGCAGCAGCAUCUGCCGCACCUGCAGCACACUGGACCUUUCCAACAUCAACCGGCUGCACCUGCAUUAUAUCAUCAUUCACCACGAGGCGGCGGUCAUCACCAUCAGCAGCCGCAAACAUUUCCACCGAAUUUUCCACCAAACCAACAACAUCCUGGCGGUGGAAAUGGCCCAGCAGGAGGAGUAGGAGCUGGAGGAGGGGUAGUGGUUGGUGGAGGACACAAUUAUUCGCAGUCCGACGAUGACAGCGGCUGUGCCCUGGAAGAGUACACUUGGGUUCCCCCGGGGCUGCGCCCAGAUCAGGUGCAUCUAUAUUUCUCCGCUAUCCCCGAGGACAAGGUUCCGUACGUCAACAGCAUCGGAGAGCGUCAUCGGGUCCGUCAGUUGCUCCAGCAGCUUCCACCACACGAUAAUGAGGUGCGAUACUGCCAUUCACUGACCGAUGAAGAGCGCAAGGAGCUGAAGCUUUUCUCGGCCCAACGGAAGCGGGAGGCCCUCGGCCGGGGGACCGUGAAGCAGCUCACGACGAACCAGAUUUGCGAUGGCUGCGGCGAGUGUAUUUCCUCCGGUGACAUGGGAGUGUACGCGUCUCGGUUCGAUCCGGACACCUGCUGGCAUCCGGCCUGCUUCGUGUGCUCCGUCUGCAAGGAACUGCUGGUCGAUUUAAUCUAUUUCCACCGGGAAACUCGUCUGUAUUGCGGGAGACACCACGCGGAAACACUGAAGCCCCGCUGUUCGGCGUGCGAUGAGAUCAUUCUCGCUGAUGAAUGCACCGAGGCGGAGGGACGAGCGUGGCAUAUUAAGCACUUUGCCUGCUUCGAGUGUGACAAACAACUCGGCGGUCAACGGUACAUUAUGCGCGAUGGGAAGCCCUACUGCCUGCACUGCUUCGACGCCAUGUUUGCCGAAUACUGUGAUUUCUGCAGCGAGCCAAUCGGUGUUGAUCAGGGCCAAAUGAGCCACGAUGGUCAGCAUUGGCACGCAACGGACAAUUGCUUUGCCUGUAGUACCUGCCGAUGUUCGCUACUCGGACGGCCGUUUUUACCUCGUAGAGGGGAGAUUUAUUGCUCCAUAGCAUGCAGUAAAGGCGAGCCACCCACGCCCUCGGACGGCUCGGUUCCCACUGUUCUGCCCACGCGCAGUCGCCUGAGGGGCAGUCAUCGACCGCUGGACGAUGGCUGCGAACAGCCACCACCGCAUUUGCCAAAGUCACCCGAGCCGCUGCAAAGCCCGAUCAUCGAAAGAAGCACCCCCAACUCCAGUCCCGCCAAAUACUCGCACACGGAAUUAUCCACCAACGUUUCCAGCUCGGUUCCAGCAACCGAACUGAAUGAGACGCAUUUCUCCAUUUCAGCAGAUAACGACGUACAAACUUACACCGGAAGUGGUGCUACCUCGCCCGUCUCCUGCCGGACGAUUCCCUACUCCGAACCAAGUGACCUCGUGGACCAUCACAACCAAACGCACCAGCAUGAGUCUUUACCUCCGCUCAACUCCAGCCACCGGAGGAUCCCACAAUGUUCACCCGAGCUUACCCGCCUCCUGAACAAAGACCGAAGCCGACAGCCGCUGGAUCUGACCGAUCUUAGCCUAAGCCUGGACAACUGGCAAGCCGAUCAUCACGGUCAGCUGUCGAUCGCACCCAGCAUAGCAAAAACCAAUCCAUCGCUCACUUCCUCAAUGCCGGAGUUAACUCAACAGCUGCAGCAACAAACCCAGCUCUCCUACCACCACCCGCAGCCAGCCUACGACGACAUUAGCCCGUUGGACAAAUCAAGUGCAAUAGAUCCGGACGAUGGCAUCCAGAAUGCCUCCGAUGCAUCCCACUCAAUCGUGGAACUGCCGACCCCGCCGCCAAUAGUUAUUAAGAAAGAAGUCCGCUUCGAGGGCGACUUCCAGGACUCACUGCCCCGCUCGAAGGGCUACUGCAGCCGUUCCGGGGGUUCCCGGUCACGUUCGUCGUCCAAGUCGAAACGCAAAUCCGACCGCAGCAGUGGUAGCAGCCACCACCAUCACCACCAGCACGGUCAUCGGACGGACCACCAUUCGGGAGGAGGUUCCUACCAGCAUCAUCGAGGGGACCACCGGGAGCAAACGCAAUCGUCCUCCAGCAAUCGUCGAUCACCGGGACGACGACGGGGUCGGUCGGCCGAAAUGGUGACCGAUCUGGAUCAUCACCACCGGGAGACGGAUGGUAACGAUUCGGACAGUCGCAGCGUCUGCUCGACCUGUUCGUCCAGUUCGUCCAGUGCCGAUGACGACGUGUACGAGCUGCCGAUGCGGCGGCCGUACGGUGGAACGCGGAUUCACUACAUGCCAAACAACUCGCUUGCCUGUGCCCGGAAGCGGAAACAGCUGCAGCACAGCCAUCCCUACGAGAAAGACAAUAAAAACUGUAUCAUAUCGUGAGAGUCGAAUGGUAACGCCCAGGUAAGGUCACCAACGAAACUUUGUAUUGUAUCAAAGCGCAUUUCACGUGAGAAGUAGAGUUGGAAAAAAAAUUAAUAUGUAUAUGAACAAGUUUUUGUUUGCCUAAGCAAAGUGGUUUUGAAUGUAUUUUCAUUAUUCUGGGUUCAAAUUCUAGAUUACGGAGGAUAGUAUAUUUUAUCGCAGGAAGCCAAUACUCGAGAGAUUUUGUGAGAUUUUUUUCGUAUUCUAGACAUACCGUUCAGCUACCAAUACAAAGCGGAAAUGUAUUAAAUGCUCAUAUCGUAAGUGUAUAAGAAUUUUUAUACAUAGCAGUUUGAUAGGAAUAAAAUUUUUACUGAAAAGUUGAAUGAAA